AUGUGGGACGUAAAGCCGCCUGGCUAUGACGAUAUUUCAGCAGAGCAAGCCAAGUUGUCUGGUUUGUUCCCGCUGCCAGGAGCACCGCGCGCUGCUGCGCCAGCUGAUGCAGAGAAGCUCAAGGCUUUCGUCGAAAAGGGGUUGGCGAACAAGCUUGCCGACUUGCAGCCGUCUAGUGCGCGGCAAGCUCGUCGUGUUGUGGUGGAGAAUUUGCCACCGUUGACGGAGGAGUCUGCGUUGGUAGGUUUCUUCAACGACAUCAUGUUCAACUUGAACGUGGGAGAGCGUGGCAAGCUACCUUGUCUCUCUGCACAAAUCAACAAGGAAAAGGCGUAUGCAUUGGUGGAGUUACGGACAAGCGAGGAAGCGACAUGUACCCUUGCAUUUGAUGGCGUUGCCUUUAAUGAAGCCAAACUCGCCAUUCGCCGACCGAGGGACUAUAUUGUACCGGAGACGAGAGAAGAUGAAAAGCGCACAGACAUCAUUGGGUCUGUCCAAGACUCACCCAGCAAAAUUAUGAUUCGCGGCUUGCCGACAGCACUUGCCGAGGAACACUGCAUCGAGCUGCUCAAGUCAUUCGGAGAACUCAAGUCAUUCCUGCUUGUCAAAGACAGUGACUCUGGCGAAUCCAAGGGCUUUGCCUUUUGCGAUUUCAGUGAUCCGAGUGCGACAGAAAUUGCAUGCGAAGGCCUCAACGGUAUGGAACUUGGCGAGUCACCUCUCAGUGUUCAGCGUGCUUGUUUGGGCGCAAAGCAAGUUGCACCACCUGUUGCUGGUCUUGCUGCACUUUCCGCAUUGGCAGAAUCAGAAGCGCCUAUGGAUGCAACCAAAGUACUCGUCUUCUUCAACAUGGUGACUGCAGAGGAACUCAACGAUCCGAACGAGUACCAAGAUAUUUGCAAUGACGUUCAGAGUGUCUGCGACGCAAGCGCGCCUGUCGUGGACAUCAAGAUUCCCAAGCCAAGUGGUGGUUCAAAAGUCAAUCCUGGUGUUGGCAAGGUCUUUGUUCGUUUUGCAGAUGAAGCUGGCAGUACGGCUGCGAUGCAUCAGCUGGCUGGUCGCAAAUUUUCGAAUCGCACCAUAUUGGCGACGUUCUUCCCAGAGGAGAGCUAUGAGGCGGAGGCAUUCUGA